AGAGUGAGAAAAGAAAACAGAACGCAGCCAGUUUUAACGAAUUUCAUACGCUCUUUCUAUCCCAUGGUUUCCUUAUAAAACCCUAGUUUUGGCUCCCAAACAACCCCACGCUUCUUCACUCUCUGUCCCUCAAACACACGAAAUAGAAGCCAAACACAACACAACAAAUUCAGGGUCAGCAAUGGAGAGUGACGCAAACACCCUCUCUUCCUCUCCCACAUUCUCUCAUUCCUCCAAUACCCUUUCUUCUUCUUCCCCUCCCCAAGUUGUCAUGACCCCUUGUGCUGCAUGCAAAAUCCUUAGACGAAGAUGUGCUGAGAAAUGUGUGUUGGCACCGUAUUUCCCUCCCACCGAACCCGCCAAGUUCACCAUUGCUCACCGAGUCUUCGGUGCCAGCAACAUCAUCAAGUUCUUACAGGAACUUCCAGAGGGUCAGAGAGCUGAUGCAGUGGCGAGCAUGGUUUACGAGGCCGGUGCAAGAAUAAGAGACCCUGUAUACGGAUCUGCAGGUGCAAUUUGCCAGCUCCAAAAGCAAGUGAACGAACUUCAAGCACAGUUAGCAAAGGCACAAGCUGAGGUUGUAAACAUGCAAUUCCAACAAGCCAAUCUCGUGGCUCUAAUUUGCAUGGAAAUGUCACAGACUCCACAGGAAUCACCCCAACAAUCCCUGGACAAUUUCAUCACGAGUCCUUCCCACUAUCAGAACAAUCUCAGCUUCUUUGAGGAUAACACCAACCUAAACUCUUUGUGGGAGCCUCUCUGGACAUGAUUAAUACAAGACAUUUCAUAAAUUUUCCCAUCACAUUCUCCUAAGGAGAGGUUGAAGGAAUCAACUGGAACUAAUAAAUUAUAAAAGUAACUUUGGCAGCUAUAACUCAUGUAGUUAGUUUAAUAUAUUAUAUUCCCUCUCUAUAGGAAGAUUUUGGAGAAAGUAAUGCUCUUGCUUUGCACAAUGUUGGCAAAGUAAUGAUUUUUUGAAACAUGUAAUGGUUUCAAUGUUGAAGAAAACAGGGGAAGUGUUAUGCUUUCGUGUGUUUGUAUGCACUCAUUGUUUAAAUCUAGAACACUUUUUUUGGUCA